CGGGCGAGCCUUCUCCUAAAUGCGCGUUCCCUGUGCCGUUUUCACGGGGGUGGGGCUAAAAAAAAUGCAUCCUGAUGGGGGAACCAACUUCGACACAGCAAAUGAAGUCAACAGUUAAGCAAAGGAAAAGUGCGUAUGUGUGUUACUGUACUAGAGGUGGGAACAGAUGAUGGAGGAGUUUAGACUGCCAGAAGAAGUCUGGCUCCACGUGUUUCAGUUCCUUCCCACCCGGGACAGAUUAAGCGUUCGCUCCAGCUGUAGCCUUUUCAUGAGAUUGAUCGAUCGGCCAGUUUUCUGGAAGAGCUCCACGCUGUAUAUUGAAAAGAUCCGCUCGUUCACGUCUCAUUCCUGGAGAACUCUGAGCAGCAGGAAGAUCGGAGCGGUGGUGGUGCUCAGGGCGAGCGAGGCGGAGUGGAGACAGCUCGCGGUGCGGCUCCCGUGGCUUCACUCCGUCACCGCGCGCGUGUGCUGCGUCAGGGCUCUGAACGCGCUUACAGAGUUCAAAAACCUGAGGAGUCUGAGCAUACAGCGGGGUGAGUGUCCGAGUCUAACACCCCUGUCAGCACUGCGGGACCUGACACAUCUCAGCCUGUGUGAAGUGCAGUGUUCUCCAGCGUUAAACAUGAUUAACGCGCUCUCUCAGCUCAGUUAUCUCACCUCUCUUCACUACCAUGCGUGCGGGAAACCCAUACCUACUGCGGCCUUUCACCAUCUGUUAAAGUCCCUGCCACGACUGCAGAAACUCUCUCUGAAAAUGGGAUCAGGUCAGGGUCCUGCCUCCGAAGACGCCCUCUUCCGGCCACAAGCAAACCACAUGCCUGAACUACAGUGCAGAAUCCCAGCAUUGACCAGUUUGGAAUUGCUGAACUACAUCGACCCGAUUCUUUCUCCCGUAGCCCUGCAGGGUCUUCCUUCUCUCAGGUUACUGACAGUGCAAUAUAGAGGCUGGCAUCUGGAUCCUUUUUUGUUCCACCUUAAAAAAUGGCUGACAACAGUGCCCCUCCUCUCAGUGUUAAACAUUUCAUUGGGAUAUAGGCUUGGUCUCUAUGCUAACCUGGUGCCUGCAACAGUGCAUCAUUUGUCCCUUAAAAGAGUGAUAGCAGACAGCAAAGCUUUGAGGGAUUUAGCACAACGUGUACCCGAUCUCCUGCACCUGCACUUGGACCUAAAUUCUUAUAAAAGGCAAAGCUUCAUUGCUGCUGUUCCUCAUCUUUUCCCCAAACUGGAGAGCCUGGUAGUAAGACAUAACACCGUAACCGUUGAAGAGUUUUUGGGACUUGCACAGUUGUCCCAUCUGAAGCAUUUAGUGGUUCUGUAUCCUACCACAAUACAAAAUGCAGCUCUUAUGGAUUUGACUGAAGAACUGCGCCUCCAGACCAACUACAGACUUAAUGUUAUACAUUCAGUAGGACAAAAAGACCCAAAUGUGUGUCUUUGUGUAAAUGAUUGAUAUUCAGUCUGUACAGCAUGUCAAAAAGUGUCACAAGGAGUAUGACGUUGCAGUAUUUAUUAUCUCAGUGUGAUUAAGACCUUGUAAUCAUCUGCCAGAAGUAAUGAUAAGAGGAUACAGGUUUACAAAUUUGUUUAAAUGAUUUUUUUUUUUUUUUACCAUUAUAGACAGUGCCUUACAAAACUGUUCUUACCCCUUCAAUUUUUCCACAUUUUGUCAUGUUACAACCAACACAAGAUAUACCAACACAAAGUGGCACAUAAUUGUGAGGUGGAAGGAAACUUAUACAUUUGUUUACAA